AAAAAGGAUACUGUACACAGGUUGAAAAAUGACAUAAAUCAAAUAUUAAGAUAAAAUUUGCCAAUGUCAAAUGAAUCUAAAUAAAUACCUAACUAAAUCCUAAAUCCUUACCUGUGCGGAUCGUCAUGACAGGCAAGGGAACGAGCGGAUGCCUGCGACUGACUCCUCGCCAAAGCCUCAGUUAAAGCCACCGUCGCCAUGGCAACCGCACCUUGCCCUCCCCUGGCACACGCCCACAUUGCAGGUGAAGGAGAACAAUUACCGCGGCCACAGCGACAGUGUAGAUCAGCUCUGCUGGCACCCCAGCAACCCAGACCUCUUUGUCACUGCGUCGGGCGACAAAAGCGUCCGAAUAUGGGACGUACGCACUACCAAGUGCACGGCCGUCGUCACCACCAAAGGAGAGAACAUCAACAUCUGCUGGAGUCCGGACGGGCAGACGAUCGCCGUGGGCAACAAGGAAGAUGAGGUCACUUUCAUCGACGCCAAAACGCACAAGGCGAAGGUUGUAGAAAAGUUCAAGUUCGAGGUCAACGAGAUCUCAUGGAACAACGACAACGACAUGUUUUUCCUCACCAAUGGCAAUGGAUGCAUCAACAUACUCAGUUACCCGGAGCUUAAGACCAUCCAGUCCAUCAACGCUCACCCGUCCAACUGCAUCUGCAUCAAGUUCGACCCGACGGGCAAAUACUUUGCCACGGGAAGCACGGACGCCCUGGUCAGCCUUUGGGACUUAGACGAGCUGGUGUGCGUGCGUUGCUUCUCCAGGUUGGACUGGCCCGUGCGGACGUUGAGCUUCAGUCACGAUGGGAAGAUGUUGGCGUCGGCAUCAGAGGACCACUUCAUCGACAUCGCCGAAGUUGAAACAGGCGAGAAGCUUUGGGAGGUUCAGUGCUUGCCCACGUUUACGGUGGCCUGGCACCCCAAGCGCCACCUGCUGGCCUAUGCCUGCGACGACAAGGAUGACAAGUACGACAACAACCGAGAGGCGGGCACCGUCAAACUCUUCGGCCUUCCCAAUGACUCCUGAGCUCAGAGCCGAGGGCUCUACAAGAAAGCUUUUUUUCCCCCAGUACUCGUGCUGCAAGUAUAAGUGAUGAAACAUUUCAUUGGCACGUCUUGAUGAUGUCAUCACAACGGGGCUUUUGUAAAGUAUUGUUUUUCUUGUAAAAAAAA